AUGAUUGAAACCCAACUCUUUUUUGUUUCUGCUAAUUGUAAUGUAUCGGAUCUUCAGGAAAAUCAAUACAAAAAUUUACUAAAGCUUGUAGAAUUAUAUUUCGUCAUAGCCAGAUUUCUUUUCUUGAAUACUGUGCAAGGACCGUCUUUAGGCGGUUGCGCAUGCAGUAUAGCAAUAUGUCUAUUACCAAAGUUUCGCCAAUUUAAAGAAAAACGAUUCAUUUUUCUGAUAAGUUCUCAUUUCGUUAAAAGAAUUAUUAAGCAUGCUAUUCUCUAUAAUUCUAUUGAAGCGUUUUGUAUUAAAUUCAUUUUUGCAAAAGUUGAUACCCUUCAAAGUUUGGGUGUUUUGAUAAAUUCAUUUGCGGAGUUUAACUUUUUUCAGAAGUUGAAACAUCUUGAUGGCUCCCAUAGGCGGUACAUGAAAAUAUUUAUCCUAAAACGGAAAGUCAUGUGA